GCUCCUAAAGCCUCCAUGAACUGUUGGCAGAGGAGUGGGAAAAAGGAAGCGGUGAAGAUCAGUGGAAUAAAAGGUGGAUGGGAGCCCUUGUUAGGGCUUACAACAGAGCAGAUGAUGCUUUUAUAGACGAGACAUUAGCACCAGAUACAGUUGGAUCGACAGCUGUGGUAGUGAUUCUGUCAGCCUGUCAGAUCAUUGUUGCCAAUUGCGGUGACUCUAGGGCUGUGCUUUGUCGUGGAAAUCAAGUGAUCCCUUUGACUGUCGACCACAAGCUUGACAGAGACGAUGAAGUAAUUACAGUUACUGAAGCAGGGGGCAGGAUUCUGUAUGUUGGAUGCCCUACAGUUGAGGGGGUUCUCGCUAUGACAAGAGCAAUAGGUGACCAAGAUCUAAAGCCGUGGAUUAUUUAAGAGCCAGAAGUUACUUUUUUGACCAGAACUGAUACUGAUGAAUGCUUGAUUCUGGCGAGUGAUGGCUUAUGGGAUGUGAUGUCUAAUGAAAAGGUGAUGGCGAUGGCUCGCAGGAUGCUGAGGGAGCUUCGCAAUCAGUAUGCAACGGUAGCCAAUGGAUCAGUUAGCCCAGCACAGUAUGUUGCAGAAGAAGUCCUCAAGAAUGCUCUUCGAACUAGUACUGACAACGUUUCCAUUAUUGUUGUUGACCUGAAAAGGCUGAGGAGAAGGAUGCAACAAAAGGCAGAAGCCGAUAUAUGAGAGGAUAGAAGUUCAAAUCGUUUUGGACUGGCCUUUUUGUCUUUGAGUCUCCUAGCGGAUGUUUCAUAUAUAUGGAAUUGAACCGGAAUUAUUAAAGCUGAUCUAUUCGAACUU